UCCCUUAGCAGCGUCCGAGGAGGAGGAAGGAAAUUCUUCCCAGGCAGCAAUGGCUGAAGAGGUGGAGAGGAAGCCGGUGCUUGAGAUGGUCCAGGCAGAUGGGACGGAUGGAAACUGUGUCACAUUUGUGUUACAUGAUGAGGACCACACAUUGGGCAACUCCCUCCGUUACAUGAUCAUGAAAAAUCGGCUUGCUGCUGAUUCUGAGAGCCCACUUGUGCUUCCUGCUUCUGUCUCCUGUAGCCCCGAAGUGGAGUUCUGUGGUUACAGCAUCACUCACCCAUCUGAAAGCAAAAUCAACUUCCGGAUCCAAACCAGAGGAGGGAUCCUGGCCAUUGAGCCAUUCCGGAGAGGACUGACAGAACUGGUGGACGUCUGCCAGCACGUGCUCAGCAAGUUUGAGGCAAGCGUAAAGGAAUACAAGGCCCAAAGAGAAGCGGAAAUGGACUAGCCCCUGCGGCUGCUGAAGUACGGAAUGGACAUGUAUAUAUUGUUCAUGUAUGUUUAAUGCCCCUGUUGAAAGAGGUUUUAUUUUUUUAUGACAAAUCUGAAGCAAACUGUGUAAUUUCUCUAAUAAAUGCUGUAAGGUUCA